AUUCGACUGUGGCGGCGGUAUCGGCGAAAUCGUGAUGAACCGUUUCCGCAUUUUCCGCUGUUAAAGGACACAGUUGUCCAGUCCACGCGUAUAUAUCCGCCGUUCGAACGGGAGUAAUUUGAACGGAAUAGAAAAAAAAAAACGGAAAACAAAAACGUCGAUGUUAUGGGCGGCAGCGGCAGCAGCACUAGCAGCGGCGGCGUCUGUACGCGUUAUACAGAGUGGCCACGGGACGCGUGAGUGAAGCCGGGCCGUGCGACCACACUGUACGGGCCGCCGUACAUUUUUGUUCUGUUCAGAGUCUACGGGAGAUAAUCGGUGAGUGUGCGCGGCGUAUUACUCGACCGAAAUUUAUUGGAAAAAGGGUAUUGCAUAUACACGGGCACGUAUGAUUUUCUAGUGUGUGUGUGUUGUUAUUUAUUUUUUUCCGUGCGCGAGUGUUCGUGUGUGCGUGUACGGUUUUUGUGCAGUUUUCUCGUCGGGUUUCGUGUCGAUUUCGCACCGCCGCCGUCGUCGUUGGUAAUAGUUUUAUGCCGACGCGAUCAGACGGCACCACACAUACACCAUAAACAUCGGCCCGCCGUCGACGUCGUCGUCGUCGUCCUGUGACCGUAGUCGUGACGGCGUUCGCGUGUGUGCCGAUACCACCCGGGAUUCGAUCCGUCGUCGUCCAAGAGGUGCGUCGUAACCUUUUGCCGUCCUAACCUCGUUUCGCGUUCUCGUGAAGUUUUUUUUUUUUUUUUUUUUUUUUCGUUUCCCCGUUAUCGAACGGCGGACGAGCCGCGCGCGCAGCACCAGCAGCGGCGGCACACCACCGACCGACCGUCCGACCAGCAGCGUAGAAAAUCUCACACCAACCACACCGCUCGGUGUUCGUGUCGUUGGCAAUGUCCGAUGCCGGCGCGGGCCCCAACCCCGGAGACGUGCGCUAACGUAGCGGACGCGAGUGUUUCGUUGUUAAUAUGUACGCUGCCCGAUUACUAUGUUCAAUAUUCGGUUUGCCGAGUGCGGACGGCGCGGGCAUUAUAACGUAGCUGACUCGUAUUAUUAUGUGCACUACCGUUGACGGGUGGCGGCGGCGGGGUGUUGGCAAACGUUCUGCUGCCUCUAACGCAUAACAUGGCUGCUACGCACGCGGAAAACCAGCCAAGCGGCGACGUGAACAAUCGUGACCAAGACAGGCCGCUGGACGUGCCCGGCUUCCAGAAUGGCAGCCACGAACAACAGCAGCAGCAGCAGCAGCAGCAACAGCAGCAGCAACAACAACAACGCAGGACGCCCAUGAGUGGUGGCCUGGCGCCGGACUCGCCCAAAGGCAAACAACAACAGCAGGUGCCGGUCAAUCAUCACGGCUACGACGGAAUGAGUAGUGGUAACGGUGGUGGGCCUCCUUACGGCCGACCGGAGCACGGUGAACAGCCGGCCAGUGGUGGUGAUGGCGGUGACAUGCCGAAGACAAACAAUUUUGAACAAGCACCGCCUGAUAAGGACGGCUAUCCACCGCCUCCUCCUGGUGGUUUCCGAAACAGUUUUGGUCACCAUCCACCUCCGCCAGAACAGCAGCAGCAUCACGUCAAUAGCAAUGCUGAACCCAACAGUUUUAGCCAGUUUAGGCCUACUUAUUCUAAGCCGAUGAUGCGUGUGCCGGGACCACCGGGUGCAAUGUUUCCUCAACAGCGAUACCACAUGUCCGGUCAGAGUAUAUCUCAGCCAACUGGACCUACACCUACGCUCAACCAGCUGCUUCAGUCAUCUAAUCCAGCAACUCGUUAUCAGAACAAUUACAACAAUGAGUACCCAAAAACUGAUGGUUCUCAACCACCACCAGUACAGAACCAACAACAUUACAACCAAAACUGGCCGCCGCCGCGACAUAACAUGCCACCUUUCCCUCCUCAACAUGGCAUGCCUUAUAGAAAUAUGCCUCCAUCGGCGAAUCCCAGAGGACCGACGCCUCCUCCGUCGCCCGGUCACCAGACACAUUAUCCACCACCACCGUCUUCGCCUACUGGAUACCAACAGCACCAUCGGGUACCACCGUUGCACCAUCAGUAUCCUCCUGGACCACCUUCGCAACAACAACAGCAGCAGCAGCAGCAGCAACAGCAGCAGCAAUCGCAGCUACCACCGCCUCAGCAACAGGCGCCUUAUGGCAGCUACCCGAACCAACAGCCGCCGGUUGAUCGUCAAUCGCAAUCGCAGCAACCUCAACUUCCUCCCCAGCCACCUCAGCAACCUCAUGCCGGUCCGGGGCAGACGACGUCUUCGCCGGCGUCGGCAAGCCCGCCGGCCUUACCUCCCGUACCGCAGGCCCAAAACGCCCAGCAACAUUCGUCGCCGACGCCGCCGCCUCCACAGCAGCCUCAACAGCAGCCACCUCAUCAGUCUCCGCCACAGGCUCAUCCGGAUUUGACAAGUCAAAACAGUAACGACAGCAACUGUGGCGGUGGAACUGGGAAUGGUGGAACACCUUUGCGACCAUCACCUUCUCCAACAGGAUCUACUGGUUCGCGUUCCAUGUCGCCUGCUGUUACAGUACCGCCCGGUGGACCAUCUCAACAGCAGCAGCAGCAGCAGCAGCAACAACAACAACAACAACAACAACAACAACAACAACAACAACAACAACAACAACAACAACAGAACAUUCCAAUGCCACCUAGACCACCAAGUAGCCAACAGCAGCCUGAUCCAGGGCAAGCUACUACAAACAAUAGAAUGAGUCAUUCGCCUAUGGGAUCACAAGGAGGAUAUCAACAACAACCUUCUCCACAACCACCUGGUAUGCCUCAUAUGACAGCUCCUGCACCAGGUGCUCCAGGAAUUCCAUAUAAAAUGCCUGGACCUAAUCCUUAUGGACCUCCUCCGCCCGUAUCUACACAUAGUGGUUAUCCAGCACAACAACCUCCUCCUCCAAUGGGAUCAUAUCCUCAACAGCCUCCAGGUAAUUAUGGUGCUAGACCUCCUGGUUUACCUUAUCAAGGGUAUCCCCCACCUAAUAGUAAUGGUCCUCCACAACAAUACUCACCUAGAGGUAUGCCAAUGCAUCAUGGACCACCUCAUCAAUUUCCUCCUUAUCAAGGAUGGCCUGGUAGUGGUCCACCACAAGCACUACCUCCAUUAAAUAAUAAUCACCAUAGUGGUCCAAUUCAACCACCUACACCUACCAAAGUACCUCCUCCUUCAUCUUCCCCUCAGCAGCAGCAGCAGCAGCAGCAGCAACAGCAGCAGCAGCAACACCAACAGCAACAACAACCUCCACAGCCACAGCAACAACAACAACAACCACAUCAGCCAUCACAUCAACCAUCACCAAUUCAACAUCCUCCUCCUGCACAAUCCCCAUUACACCAUCACCAUUCUCACCACCCACCUCCUCCUGGACCUCAUAUGCACCCGCAUGCCCAUCAAAUGCAUCCAAUGCAGCAAGGUGCUUCUCCUGGGCCGCCUCCACCUGUUUCACCAGGUCCUAGGCCUCAUACACCACCUCAUCCACACUACCUCAAACAACAUUUACAGCAACAACAUAAAGGACCUGGAAGCUAUCAGACAUCAAGCCCAGUGCCCCCUAGCCCUGGUCCAGGAAAUUAUUUAAAUUCAAUGCCUCCUCAUAGUAUGGGCCCACCAGCUCCAGUUCAAUCAAAUUCUGGGCCCCAGAUGGCUCCUCCAAAUUCUUCAAUGAUGUCUGUUGAUCAUGAAGUUUCACAACAACAACAAAGUCUUAGUGGUGCUGUUACUUCUGUUAUUACCACUGGACCUGAUGGUACUGCCAUUGAUGAUGCAAGUCAGCAAUCUACUUUAUCAAAUGCUUCAGCAGCUUCUGGUGAAGAUUCCAAUUGUACAACACCUAAAAGAAAAGAAAAUAUGAGCGGUGGUAUGAUAUACCAACAGGGAAUGGGAGGUAUAAUGGGUCCACCAUGUUCACCUGCUCAUGAUGAAUAUUCUAAUCCAGAUCCAUUGGCAUCUGCUUGGCCCAGAGGACCUCCACCUCAUAAUCCAGUAUUUAAUAGCCAUAUGACUCCUCAAAAUGAACAUGUAUAUCGUCCAAAGAAACAUGAUAGCUUAAGUAAAUUGUACGAAAUGGAUGAUAAUCCAGAACGGCGCAUUUGGUUGGAUAAAUUAUUACAUUUCAUGGAAGAAAGAGGAUCGCCAAUUUCCACAUGUCCAACUAUCUCCAAAAACCCUUUAGACUUGUUCCGCUUGUAUAUAUAUGUUAAAGAACGAGGAGGUUUCAUGGAAGUAUGCAAGGUAACAAAAAAUAAAAUAUGGAAAGAUGUAGCUGGUUUAUUGGGUAUUGGUGCAUCAUCAAGUGCAGCUUAUACUUUAAGAAAACACUAUACUAAAAACUUAUUACCCUACGAAUGUCAUUUUGACCGUGGGGGUAUAGAUCCUGUACCUAUAAUUAAUCAAGUUGAGUCCUCUACAAAAAAGAAAAGCUCUAAGGCAACAUCUGUGCCUUCUCCUGGUUCUGCAGGAUCUAAUUCACAAGAUUCAUUACCAUCAGCACCAACAGUCCCAGGACCAGGACAUGUAGAUGGUUACCCAGGAUAUGGAGGAUAUAGUGGCCCACAAGAUUAUAAUUCGCCUCAAAGACCACCUCAUCCUCCUCAUGGAGCACAAGGAAGUUACCAAGGACAAGGUGGCUAUAAUCAAUAUCCAAGUAGUAAUGAUCAAUAUGGACAUUAUCCACCAGCUAGUACUCCAGUUGGUUAUCCUAGUGGCCCAGUGAGACCACCUUUAUAUCCACCUUAUUCAAAUGAUGCCGACAGGAACUAUGGUGGUUCAGUUCCUCCUCCACAAGGCCCACCAAAUACUCCUCAAGGACCUGGUAAUGGUCAAGAUCCAUAUAGUCGUGGACCAGUUCCACCACCAGCUGGCUACCAACAACCACCUAGGUUUCCUGGACCCCCACCACUACAGAAUUCUUCUCCAGCCACAGUUAACCAAACACAAGGUGGAUCGGUUUCUACUCCUGGCUAUCCACCAGGUCAACAGCCUCAGCCUGAUUACUAUCGGCAAGACCCUCCUGCUAGUCCAGGAUACCCACCAACUAGUGCACCACCUGGUGCUUACCCUGGAAAAGGAAUGCCACCACCACAACCUCGACGUCAUCCAGACUUUGCUAAAGAUCAACAAGCAGGUCCUCCACAACCUGCUGGUUAUCCUGGUUAUGGUCCUCAACAAAGACCUAUGUAUCCAGGUACUCCAAAUGCUGCUAAUCAAUACCCUCGACCUGGUUAUCCACCUGGAUCUCAACCUCCACAAAAUUGGUCACAGGGUUCACCACGAUCUAUGCCACCAUCACAUACAGGACAACCACCUCAAUGGGAACAACAUAGAUAUCCUCCACAAGGACAACCUUAUGGUGCACAACAGAAUCAUUGGGGUUCAAUGUCACCAGCACAAAUGAGAAUGCCUCGACAUGGUUUUCGUCCUGAUGGAAGUAAACCUUAUGGACCACAUGGUCCGAUGGCUCCACCUCCACACAUGAAGCCUGGAAUGCCUGGUCAGCCUAUGUUCCAAGGAAGUAAUUUGCUGAAGCGUGAAGUCAUUUUUCCUCCUGAUAGUGUUGAAGCUGUUACUCCAAUUCUGUACAAACGUCGUCGAAUGAUGCGACAUGAUGUUGCACCAGUAGAUGCAUGGCGAUUAAUGAUGUCUUUACGUUCAGGUCUUUUAGCCGAGUCUACUUGGGCUUUGGAUGUGCUCAAUAUUUUAUUAUUUGAUGAUGUGUCCAUUCCAUACUUUGGACUAACACAUAUGCCUGGAUUAUUAGAUAUACUUUUAGAACAUUUUCGGCAGUCAUUAGUUGAAAUGUUGGAAACUGAUAUAAAGUCUUACUGCUGGUAUGAAAAAUCUAAAGUUAUUGAAGAUAUACCAGACAUUGGUGCUGUAGAUAAUAUAAACCUAAAUGAUAAAGCUUAUUUCCCAGAUCCAUCGUUUUCUAUUCAACGACCAAUUAAAAGUUCUGCAAUAGUUGAUGGAUCUAAAGAACUGUUUAUUAAAAACGGUAAGAGAUCAUGGGAUUUAAUUGAUAACUAUGACAUGGGAUAUAACAUUGCUGAAACAGAUACAAGUUUCCUUGUACCAUGUUUUCGCUCAGAGUUUGGUCUCGUGCCCUUUGUCAAACUAUUGAAAAGUGAUAAACCUAAAGCCAAAAUUUUAGAUGAUAAAACAUGUGUAAAAAAAGAAGUAGAUGUAGAUGAUAAAGAGUUAGUACAAAACAGUAUUGACAAUAUUGUAAAUAUAAAAAAUAAUAUUAAAAUACGUGAUCCAAUGGGAGUGUUGAAACGUAAGAGCAUAUUGGACUUCGAAGAUGAAAGUUAUUCUAAAGAUGAAUCAAGUUUAUCAUUAAUUAGUGAAAGUCAAGAUUCCAUUGGUAAACGUUCUGUGUGUAUAUCAAAUAUCUUAAGAAAUCUUUCGUUUGUACCGGGUAAUGAAUUAGAGUUUGCAAAAAGUGGUCCAUUUCUUGGUUUAGUUGGAAAGCUUCUAUUGACUCAACAUGAACAUCCGUUGCGCUCAUCUAAGACUAGGAAUUAUGAUAAAGCAGAUGAUGACACUGAAUCUUUGUUCAAUUGUACUACGACAACAGAUGCUGAUACAAUUGAACCUGGCAACGACACCAAAUGGUGGUGGGAUUAUUUAGACGUUGUCAGGGAAAACUUGCUUGUUUCUUUAGCUAACAUUGCUGGUUAUGUUGAUUUGAGCACAUUCAAUGAAGAUAUUUCACGUCCAAUCUUAGAUGGACUGUUACAUUGGGCUAUAUGUCCAGCAGCUGCUGGUCAAGAUCCAUUUCCUUCAGCACCACUUUCACCGCAGCGUCUAGCAUUAGAAUGCUUGUGCAAGCUGUGUGUUACCGAUAAUAACGUGGACCUUGUCAUUGCUACACCACCAUAUUCUAGAUUGGAGAAACUAGCCAAUGUUCUUACUCGAUUAUUAUGCAGGACUGAAGAACAAGUACUCAGAGAAUUUGCUGUCAAUUUAUUACAUUAUUUAGCAGCUGCUGACAGUAGUAUGGCACGCACAAUAGCACUUCAAAGCCCAUGUGUUUCAUUACUCGUAGCAUUUAUUGAACAGACUGAACAAAAUGCAUUAAAUGUAAUGAGUACACAUGGGCUAAAUGCACUCCGUGACAAUCCUGACUCUAUGGGAACUAGUCUAGAUAUGUUAAGGAGAGCAGCGCGCAUAUUGUUGCUGUUGUCCAGACAUCCAGACAAUCGGCCGUUGUUCCUGCAGCAAGAGCAGAGGCUAUUGUCAUUAGUCAUGAGUCAAAUUCUCGACCAACAAGUAGCGGCCCUCAUAUCGCGCGUCCUAUUCCAAUGUUCCAGAAAUACGCCGUCUCCACAUACUCAAUAACUAUAUAAAUACAAUUUUCUCUUCCAGUUGUAUUCUUUCGUUUACGUUACAACGGUUUUCAUUUUUUUAUUUUUUUUCUGCAAAUAAUUUUGGGUUCUUAUUUAAUUAUUUAUAAUUUAAUUGAUUAAAAUAGUGUAGACUAUCUUACAUAAAAGGUUAAUUCCGGAUCUUAUGUUUUUCAAUCAGUUGGGCAAAAAAAAAAAAUAAUUAAUUUAAAAUAUUAAUUAAAAUCCUUAGACAAAUCAAACAAAGAGACUGACCGUGUGAUUGUUUUUAGAAUUUUUUUCAAGCUAAUCAAUAAUGUUAAUUCCUUUAUUAUUGAGGUUUUGUUAAUAUUUAUAUUAUAGCCUAUAAAUAGUUAACAUUUUCUGCAUUAAACAUUGUGUAUAGCGAACACUUUU